UGUCAGUACCCUCUUCCAAUAGUCAAAGGCCAGUCUUUCAUAAUGAUUAUCAAGACGAGGCAGAUUUUGUACCUGACUAUUACGAUGAUGUACAUGAUGAAAAUUUUGAUCCUAAUAAUGUUCCCUGAUUACGAGUGCAUAUUGACCGAGAUGAUAUCUCUGACUCAGAAUUUGAUUAUUCUAGUAACUUUGUACCAAGUGGUGGCAAUAAAGAUAUGAGUGGCAAACUUCUUCAAGCUAUGUUUGGGAAAGAAGCUGAGAAUAAAGAGAGUACAGAGGGUACAGAGUGGGCACAACCCAAAUUAAAAAGUGUAGUUAUAGGUGAAGCAAUCUCACCAUCUUUGGCUAAAUUAAUAAACACUACAUGUACUUCUGCCUGUUGCACUGAAGACAUUGUUCAAAAAUACCAAAUUUCUGAGAAUUGUUGUAAUUUGAGCCCACCAAUGGUAAAUCAGGAAGUCUGGAAGAUCUUAGAAAAGAAAGGGCGUAGUUAUGACCGAAUGCUCGUUGAUAUUCAAACAUUAGUUGCCUCUGGUAUGGUCCCAAUAAUUAAAUUGGCUGAAACCAUGGGAGAAAACUUAAAUCAAUCUGCAAAACAAUGUAUUUCUGAUGCCCUUACUUUGUUUGGGCAAGUUCAAUACCACUUGUCCCUUCGUAGGCGGUAUAUUAUACGUCCAAGCCUGAAAAAGAAAUAUAAAAACAUCUGUAAUCAGUCUACCCCCAUUACAAACCAAUUAUUUGGAGAUGAUAUUGUAAAAGAAAUCAAAAAUUGUGACACGGGUAUUUCUUUGGCCUCUCAGAGGUAUGAAAAUAGACAUUUCAGGGGAAGACAAUCUGUUGGUAACUACAGAAAUGCUUAUAGACGAGGGGGUAGAAUGCAUCCCUAUGGUCAGCAACAGUAUAAUCAGUACAGCCAGUAUGGUAAUGGUCGUGGGAGUGCAAAUUCAUACAGGGCCAGAAGACGCCCAUUUGCAACGGCUACUGCAUCUGCCCCAAACGAAUAAAGCAGGUUGCCGAGACACAGAGACUUGUUGUCGAUGGUACACGAUGGAAGACACCAUCCACUAGGGAAGUCCCUCACUCUGAUUGGAGUUCAGCUAUCCGGAGAUCCCUCAGUUCUGGAAAAGUUUCAACAGG